AUGGGCUGGCCUGCCAACGAAGAGGCGAUGCAGUCUCCCAGUGGGGGUCGGCAAGCUGACACAUUCCCCCACUUGGACGUUGCCGCUGCUCCCCACCUCGCGAACACAUGUCCUCGGGGAAAAGUGACCGUCGCCACACCCAUCCCCUCUCAAGGCGGCUAUGAGCCCAGCUUCUCAGGCCUCCAUCUCGUCCUCCUGAUGGGCCGGCCUCAGGCCUACUCUCUCGUCGAGGGUACAAUUGUCUCAAUUACGUUCCUGGGGCAACCAGCCCGGCUGCAGUUUGGCCGAUACCCUCUUGCAUGA